AUGAACGCAGUGGCAGACACAGCCGUCUUUUUUGCAAAGUUUCUAUAUUACUUUUUAGAAUCGUUAGUUUUCAAGGUAAUUCCUAAAAAGAAAAAGGAUGUUGCUGGAGAGAUUGUCCUUAUCACAGGAGCCGGAAGUGGACUUGGACGGCUACUGGCCAUGCAUUUUGCCAGCCACGGGGCCAUUCUAGUUCUCUGGGAUAUUAAUCAAGAAGGCAACAUGGAAACAUGUAGACUGGCCAAAGAAAAGGGUGGCGUGAAAGUCUUUACCUACAAGUGUGACUGCAGCAACAGGAAAGAGGUCUACAGGGUCGCCGAUCAGGUUAGAGAAGAAGUAGGUGAUGUCACCAUUCUCAUUAAUAAUGCAGGUGUUGUAACAGGGAAGCCCUUCCUUGAUAUUCCAGACCACAUGGUGGAAAGAUCAUUUCUUGUCAACGCCAUCUCUCAUUUCUGGACUUGUAAGGCCUUUCUUCCUGCCAUGAUUAAAGCUGACCAUGGUCACCUGGUCUGCGUUUCAAGCAUAGCAGGACUAGUGGGUACUAAUAUGCUCUCAGAUUAUUCUUCAAGCAAAUUUGCAGCCUUUGGCUUGGCUGAGUCCCUCUUCUUUGAAUUAACUAUGCUACAAAAAUCUAAAGUAAAAAGCACCAUCGUUUGCCCAUAUUUCAUCAAAACUGGAAUGUUUGAAGGUUGUGAAACCAAGUAUCCGUUUCUGUUACCUCUACUGGAUCAGGAGUAUGUGGCUCGAAAAAUCUUCACUGCUAUUUUAGAGGAACAAGUUUUCCUCCUCAUACCCAAGUUUGCAUAUUUUGCAUUAUUUCUCAAACAAAUGAUAUCUCCAAAAAUGAUGAUCGCCCUGGGUGAGUACCUUGGCAUAGACACCUGUAUGACGUCGUUCCGAGGGAGAGCAAAAGCGGAACUACAGGCUGGAACAGAAAGGAAACAGCAAUAACCCAGGCCUCGGGUGUGGUGAUCACACACAGGGAUGAGCGGGUUUCGAUGCCCGUAUGAAGACUGCUAAAGGGACUGAAACUGAAC